UAUUAAAAGGAGUUCUUGAUACAUCAAUGUCAUCGACAAAUAGUAAUUAAUUAAAAAGCGAUCAACAUUAAUGCCAAGUUUGUGACGUACGAAGAUGUCUUCAGUGUGGUCGCCACUAUCACACGCGACAGUUGUGUAUCGCGUCUCUCAAAUAUCUAACGCGGAGUUUUGGCUUGGAACUUUAUUAAUACUAAUCGCCUGUGAAAUGGACUUACUAUAUUUCCAUAUAUUAAAUCAUUUCGACAUGGACUUAUUUUCUUUAUAAACACUAAUUAAGAUAACUCGGAAUCAAUUUAUUAAUAAUACAACGCGGACUGUGCGUUAUGUUAUGGGUUUUGUUACGGAGUUAGGAAGAGAUAUACAUAAAAACAGUAUGAAAUAGUAUUGCUGUCUCUUUUUUCUUAUGUCUGCAGUGUGGAUUGUCGAUGAGACCAAUUGUACGUGUGUAUGUAAACAGAAAACAUCUGAUUGUGUUCCAAUUUCAAAUUGAAACAGUUCAGUUUCAUUUUAGUGUUGGAAAACUGAUAUAGCGAGUUAUGAUAUUCGAUUUUUAAAAUUGUAAUUGGAUUAAAAGAAUUAUAUUAGAAAAAAAAAACAUUUAAAUAAAGAAUAUUUUUUAGCGUAUUUAGAGUGUGUUAAUUGAAUCAGAUUCAAACAUAGUAUGAAUAAUCAAUUUUGAGACUUUUACAAACAAUUUUAUUACAAUGUGUUUUUUAUAGUGAGACGUAAAUAAUUCGUGAUACUAGUGACAUUGUUUGCUAAAUUGCGUAUUGUUUGAGGAUUUGUUCGACUUUGCAAAGCGGAGAGAUGCAUCCGAAUAGACCUUUAUUCGGAUCCCACUCCGAUACAUCGGCUAUAAAUAUGAAACAGUUGGUGACAGAUCUCUUCACUCAGAUGCGGGAGCCUUCCCCAGGGGCUCCAAGCCCCAAGGGAUCAACCGGGUCACUGAAUGUCACCAGAAAUGCAGGGUUUCAACAGCAGAAUGGCGCUGAACAUCUACCUUGGAGUAACCCUGCGAUGUCCCUGUCUGGGAACUGUAGUUCAAAUUUGACCAAUGAAACAUCAGGGCUGGUUCGUACAGUGAGCAACGCCUCUGCUCUGACGUCAUUGUGUGCUGAUCUCUCGCCAUCUGACUCUCACUUUUUUGAGGUUCUGUAUAUUGGAAAAGUACGAAUCUCCCAAAGAAAGGUUCCAGAAUCAUUAAUAGAUGACGCUUUAAAUAAAUUCGCCCAGCAUGAAGCUGAGAAGAUCAAAAAUAGCAGACGACACAGCUUAUUGUCUUCCUCUCGGGCUUCCCAAGAUAGCACCGAUUCGGACCUAAAAAAUUCACCCGAACAUGCAAUAGAACAAUUUGGACGUAACAAUUUAAUACCAAGCACAACACCAUUAGAACCAGACAAGAACAUCGCUUGGAAGAGCGCUGAAAACUUACAGAAAGCAGAAAACAAUGAAAUCGAUAAAGAAUUCGAUGUUUUUACUAAAGAGCGUGUUGAAAAGAAUUGUAAGCAAUACGUGCCUUUAGAACCUACAGUAUUAGUGAUUAACGUGCCGAAAAACAACUUGGGCACUGUUACGGAAAAUGAGGAAAGACACGAUGAUAUAACAGAAAGUCCUAAUAUAAACCAAAUAAUAAAUAGUACUGAUUCUAAAGAUUUAACAAAUGUUAGCAAAAACCAUUGUAAAGGAACAGACGUAAAUAACCAAACAGGAGUCGAUCCGUUGCUUCAUGUACCGGUCGAAGUAAAAAGCAAUGUCAAAACAUGUGAAGUUAAACUAAAUAAAAAAAAAGUAGAAAACGAAAAUAAAAUUUUUGGAGAGAUAAAUAGAAAGCCUAAUAAUGUUGAUGAGGAAAGGAAUAAUUUAGUGACUGAAAAUAAACCUUAUUUAAGAGAUCGAUCUGCGUCUAUUGGUACUUUAAAUUUGAAGACGCCGCUAGCUCAUUUGAUUGGAGAGCAGAAUAGAACAAUGCUAUUUCAGGUUGGUCGCUCAGAGCUACGUCUUAUAAGUCCAGAUAGGAAGCAAAUAUUAUUACACCGUGCCUUCAAAGAUGUGGCCAGCUGUGUUCUUGGUAGGAUAAAUAAGGAGCAUUUUGGUUUCGUCUGUAGGGAGACCAAUGAUUAUGCUUGCUAUGUAUUUAAGUGUGAGAGUGAUUCUGUCGCUACUGAAGUCGUUAAUGCAAUAAAGCAAGCUUUCGUAGCGCAUGCUGAUCUUUUAAAGAAGUCUAGAGACAAAUCUCCAAAUAUGACAUGUGAACAUUGUCCUAUGUUAUGGUAUCAUAGACUAUGCCAUGAUAUUGAAGGUUUGAAUGAGAAGAAAAUACACGCGUUCAUACUCCGACGCAUAGAACAGCUUCCUGAUGAUGAACAGGAACUAAUCAUAACGAAGUACCAAGGAGGCACUAAUCAUAUGUAUGAGGUUAGUGAACACAAUGCUUUCCUAAUGAUGCUCCUACGUGCUCACUGUGAAGCGAAGCAACUACGCCAUGUCCAUGACACUGCGGAAAAUAGAUCAGAAUUUUUGAACCAAUACCUAGGUGGUAGCACUAUAUUCAUGAAAGCUAAAAGAUCUCUGUCCAGUGGUUUUGAUCACCUUCUUAAGCGAAGGCUGAGUAAAGAUGACGUACAUAAAAAGGAGACAUCCCCAAUACAAUCACCAAGUGUGAUAGAAACGCCAACAGAUCCAAAUAACUCAGAUCUCUUGACACCAACUGAUACAAACCGCUGUAAAUCAUUAUCACCGAAUAACGCAAUGGACCAACCCUCAUCCCCAAAAUCAAACAACGUGUCCUUCGACGAUGGAGUAGAAGACAAUAAAGAGGAGACAUCAGUCAACUCGCCUAUGAUGGAUAUUUUUCUAAAAGUAAGCGACUCGCGAGCUACCGCCAACGAAAGUGGAAAUGAAUCAGACGCGACAUGGCGUCAAGCUAUAUAUGAAAAAGUCGUACAACCUGGCAAAGAUGAAGGUGACCUACAACAGACUAAUCUCCUAGGACACCCAGUGUCGCCUCCUGGUAAGAGAACAAAGGAACAACUACGUCAGCUGUGGAAGAUGGCGAUAGACCAAACUAUAUUACUUGUUAGGAUGGAGAAAGAAAACGCUAAGUUAAAAGAAAAAGAAGAGUCGUCAGCGGUGAGACGAAUAAAGUUGGAAUACACUGAACUUGGAACCUGUGAUACUGGAGCAACUUGUAUGUGGGAUUCCUUGCUAGCUAGAGAUUCAUCCCAUCCCAUCGCUAAAGUGGAUAGGCAUAUGCUGAAACAAGCAGUAAGACAAGGCAUCCCCCGCACGUCUCGAGGUGGCGUGUGGUACUUCCUGGCGGAGCAGGCGGCGCUCGCGGGCGCGCCGCCCGACGCGCGCGCCUUCCCGCUCUACCACACGCCCUACCGCGCGCUGCUGGCCGGCCUCACCAAGCACCAGCACGCCAUACUGAUCGACCUGGGACGUACAUUCCCUAAGCACUCCUACUUCGCAUCGGCCCUUGGACCGGGACAACUUGCGCUGUACAACAUACUGAAGGCGUAUUCCCUUUUAGACCCCGACGUGGGCUACUGCCAAGGACUGAGUUUUGUGGCUGGAGUCUUAUUGUUACAUAUGGAUGAAGCUGAAGCGUUCACUCUUUUAAGACAUUUGAUGUUCAGAAGAGGUAUCAGGAAGCAAUACCUGCCGGAUAUGAGCGCUUUACAAGUUCAACUGUACCAACUGUCCCGCCUACUCCGAGAUCACGAGCCAGAGCUCCACGCUAAACUGGAAUCUCUGGACAUAUCUCCAGCUCUAUACGCAGCGCCUUGGAUGCUGACACUCUUCACCAGCCAGUUCCCCCUGGGCUUCGUUGUCAGGGUAUUUGACCUUAUCUUCCUGGAAUCAUUCGAAGUGGUAUUCUCAGUAUCGUUGGCCCUUUUAUCCGCUCAUAGGGACGGUCUGAUGAUGUGUGAGAGUUGUGAGGAAGCAGCAGAGUACUUGAAACACAAAUUACCAGAUAUGGACAAGGCAAUAUAUGAAAAAGUUAUGAAAACGGUCUCAAAACUCGAUAUAAGUCGUCAGUUAACAGAAUACGCAGUAGAAUACAGCGUGUUAAGAGAAGAAAUGCCAAGAUUAGCAACUCUGACUGAACAGAAUAGACAUUUACAAGAAGAUGUCAAUAAAAUGAGCGCUGAACUUGAUUCUGCAAUGGACGCAAUUGAGAACUACCAAAAAACUCAAACCCGUCUCGAAACCCAAAACAAAAUGAUGGAGCAACACCUGACUCUACUCAGUCGCUACAUAUCCGCCCACCACAAACAGGAUCUACCGAAUGAAAUCAAGAAAAUCGUCCAAAACUACAGCAAGAAACUAUCUUUUGGAUCCAAGAUCAUAACCAAAUUGACCUCAAAUGAUACAGACGAUGAUUUCAGAAAGAACUUCAAGCAAGGCAUGAGCACGCCAAAUCUUUUCUCCAAGAUUACAAAUGAGGAUGUCUUAAAUGCUAUCAAUAAGGAAAGGAAUAUAGAAGAUAGGAAACAAUUCCUAAUGAAGAAAUCCCAAUCAGUACAUUCUGGAUUAAUAUCAAACAAGCAUUUCCCACUUAAGGUUCUAGAAGAGAAAACCGAAGAAGUCCCAAGAAGAGACAGUCUAAGAAUAGAUAAUCUAGCAAACGAUAAUAUAAGAAAUUUGGGCAGGAAAACGUCUGGAUUUUUCGCGAAUACCCACGAACAGAUACGACAGGAAAGGCUAUUUGAGCAGCAAUUGAAACACGAUUUUGAUGAAAAUCUAAAGAAAUUGGACGAAAAAUUGACCAAAUCAUUAACUCCCAAGUCGUAUUUGGAUGAUUUGGCCAUAUUUCAGAGUAAAAAGAGCAUGUCUCUCAAUUUAAAUGCUAAUAAUGUACAAGAUAAGGUUAAUGAUAGCGGUUUUGUGACUCCGCUAUCGCCUAAUGAUAGUUUUAAAAAAGAUAAUAUAACUAUAUCUCAUCCGCUCAGCGGUUGUGAUGUGGAUAUAAAAUUUGAUGGGCAGUUAACAAAGUUGAAGCAAAUACGACCAUUGAAAAGUAACAACUAAAAAUACUAAAUAAUAAAUUUAGAAGUAUUGAAUAAUAUUUGUCCAACUUUCAAAGUUCAAAACCA